AUGUCGCCAUCAUCCGCAAGCAGCAGCAGCUGGCCGUGGCCGCCGCACAGCCGUCCGAUGGCCGCCGAAUCUCGACGCCGAGUAGCUACACGCUGCGUGUCGCUCUGGCGCAAAGCGAAGAGCGCCGCGUUGGGGAAAGGCACGGCAGCUGCUGGCAGCGAACGGGACGUCGGUGGGCCGACGGACCAAGCUGACGGCGGGUCAGCUGACGAGCCGGCUCCCGCAGCAUAUCUUCUCGCGAAUCCACCGCGCGAAACGUCGCCCGUCGCCAGCGAUGUCGCUGACGACCCGUUGGCGUCGCCGCCAGCCCAGGGCGUGUUCGCGAACCUGUCCAGCGACUGCCUGGAAGUCGUUUUUCGCCACCUAACCGACUCGCGCGACGCCGUGCGAGCGAGCUGCGUGUGCAAGGCGUGGCACAGCGCGUUUCACGGCUCCACGCGCCACGUGUCGCUCCAGCUGGACCCCGUCCUGCUACAGUGGCAGCCGUCGUUCCGCCCCGCCCAUGCGCACCUCGAUACAGUCACGAUCGCACUCACGGGCAACCGCGGCGGACACGGAGACGGCAGGGAGGAAGGAGCGGCGGCAGGUGGUCAUUCUCUACCGGCCGGUGGAGAAACGAACAGCAGCGGAGGCGAGUGGACUGGCGGCCGAGGCGGAGUGACGGGUGGGUUGGGUGGGGCGGAUGGGUGGGGAGGGUCGGGUGGAGUGGCGGGGUGGUGGUGGGAUCCCAUGGCGUCGGGCGGCUGGCAUGUGAACCACGCCGACCGCUUCGACUGCAACAGCCUCGCCCGCCCCGGCUGGAUGGCCCACGAGCCCUACCACCGCACCUUCUCACCGAACCACAUCCGAGCCUUGCUCAACCAGUUCCCGAACCUCACCUCCGCCUGCCUGCCCAUGACCGUGCGCGACAGCGAAGCAACCGACAUGCAGCCAGUGGUAACCGCGUUGGCCUCCUGCAGUGCGCUCAGCUCGCUGCACGUGCAGGUGAACGCGGGGCAGAGGUCCAGCAACCCUCCCCCCCAGCUCGACCUGACCACCCACAUGGCAGCACUCCUGCAAACCCUGCCCGCCCUGCGCGCCCUCUCCCUGCAGUCCGCGCACUGCUUCCUCCGCCCCUCGCCCCCUCUGCUCGCCGCCUUCUCCCGCCUGCGCCACCUCACUCUCCCCGUGCACCACCUGCCCGCGCCCCUGCUCGCCCUCACGCUCCUCUCCUCCCUCGCCCUCGCUGUGAUCUGCCCACGCUGUCCCGCGCUGCUCGCCUCGCCCGCGCCCUUCCACCGCCUCAAGCGCCUCUCGUCUCUCUCGCUGCACCUCGCCGCCAGUGAAGAUUGCAAUCCCUGCCCCGUGUGUACCAUGAAAGAUACCGCCCAUGACAGCACCAGCGGCAAGGGCGGUGGUGAUGGUGGCAGCGGAGGCGGCGACGGUGGCGGCGGUGGUGAUGGUGGUGAUGGUAGCAGUGCCAGCACCACACCCUCGACCUCUCUCACCCCUCUCCCUCCCCUCGCCAACCUCUUCUCAGGCCUCGCUCCCUCCCUCACAUCUCUCACAUACAUUCCCCCUGCGUUUCCUUCCCCCACGCCCACCUCCCUCCCCGCCUCGCUCAUCACCCUCACCACCCUCCGCACACUCCGACUGCUAGCCCCAACCAACUCCACCUUUGCUCACACCUGGGGGGACCUGGACGGCCUUUCGCGUCUCACCCAGCUCACCUUCCUGGAACUUUCCUGUGUGGCGGGGAAUGCAGUGCCGACGUCGCUGCAUGCGCUGCCGCUGCUGGCGCAUCUGGUGCUGCCGUGGGCUCAGAGCGACCCCGCACGGAUCGUUCCCUCGCUCAGUGCUCUGAGGGAGCUCGAGAUUGGCACAGGGGCGCUUAGCAUUGAGCCACGGGUGGAAGCAGCGACAGGAGGGCAGGCAGGGCAGGCGGGGCAGACAGAGCAGGGAGCAGCAGGAGCAGCAAGAGCAGAAAGCACUCUGAAUCCCCCAACCAGCAGCAUCAUCCAAGCCCUCGCUGACCCGGCUCAACCGGCUGCCAGUCCCGCCGCACCUCCCUUGCUGCUGCCGCCCAGUCUCUCAUCCCUCAGACUACUCCACACGGACCACCGCCCCCUCCACCUGCCCGCCCUCGCCUGCGCCUCGCUGCGCCGCCUCUCCUUCUCCUUCAACGUCGAGCUCGCCGCCCGCGUGCCGCCCCAUGCCUGCUUCUUCCCCAACCUGCAGUUCCUCGAGCUCUUCCGCGUGGAGGGGUCGUUCGGGUGGGGCAACGGGCAGUGGCUGGGGGCCAUGCCGAGCCUCACGCACUUCAUCAGCCGCUGCCCCAAGCGCAACCACUCGUACCUGCUCCACCGACUUGCACCUUCCUUGAAGUUUCUCCACCUGGAGGAUCCGUCUCCCAAGGUCCCACUGGUAGUCCUCCCAUCCCUCACAUCCCUCACUAUCGACAAGUACUGUGACAUGAGUGCACUGCUCUCCUCCCUCGCUGCCUUCUCCGCCCUGCACACGUUGCGCUUCAACUGCUUCUCGCAGGUCGCGUCCGACAGAAAGCUCUCUCCGGGGCGAGUGGGGCGCCCUCCAGCGCUCAGAGUGCUGCAGUUCAGAUUUGCUCAAAUCCACGCGCUGCCGGAGUUUGCGAGAGGCUUCACGAGCGUUGUUAGAGUUGAUCUGAUCAACUGUGGGCCGCUGGAGGUGUGGCCGGAGUUUUUGGCUAAGUUCCCGGCGUUCCACUGCUUGCGAGUGAGUGGGUGCUCAAAACUCCCCCCUCCUCCCCCUUUACUGGUUCCUCUGCUGGUGCCGCCCAGAUAG